UGCAUGUGCCAUCUCCCAAGUCCCAACCAUGGCACUUUUCCGGUCAUUCAAAAGAUUCACCACUCUUAACCUUGCAAAAUCUUCUUCAACAUCCCUUCCACCUUCGCCAACUUCAGUUUUCGACCACCAUCACUCCAAUGGGCCUUCAAAAACCCACACUUUGGCCUUCCACACGGCCCAACCUCGGCCCACCCCCGACGCCGAAGCAAUCUGCAGAAUCCUAUCCACCACCCCCGCUUCCACCGUCGACGCCUGUCUCGCCGCCGUUCCGGCCAAGCCCUCGCCGGAGCUCGUCCUCGAGGUCCUUAACAAACUCAGCAACGCCGGCGUCCUCGCGCUCUCGUUCUUUCGUUGGGCCGAGAAGCAAAGCGAGUUCAAACACACCACAGAAGCCUUCCACGCGUUGAUCGAAGCACUGGGUAAGAUCAGACAGUUCAAGAUGAUUUGGACUCUGGUCAACGACAUGAAGCAACGAAAGUUGCUUACUUCUGACACUUUUUCUCUCGUUGCUCGACGAUACGCGAGAGCACGGAAGGCCAAGGAAGCAAUCAAGACAUUCGAGAAGAUGGAGCACUAUGGUUUGAAGCCGCAUGUGUCGGAUUUCAACAAGUUGGUCGAUGUUUUAUGUAAAUCCAAGUCUGUGGAGGAGGCACAUGAGGUGUUUGACAAAAUGCGGAAGUUAAGGUUGGACCCUGAUAUCAAGUCCUACACCAUUUUAUUAGAAGGGUGGAGUCAGCAGCAGAACUUGAUCAAAGUCAAUGAGGUGUGUCGGGAGAUGGAGGAUAAAGGGUUUCAGCUUGAUGUCGUUGCAUAUGGGAUAAUCAUGAAUGCGCAUUGCAAGGCUAAGAAAUUUGAUGAAGCUAUUGGGUUGUACCAUGAGAUGAAAGCUCGGGGUGUGAGACCUAGUCCCCAUGUGUAUUGCACUUUGAUUAAUGGUUUGGGUUCUGAUAAGAGAUUGGACGAAGCUCUUGAGUUUUUUGAGGUAUCAAAGGCUAGUGGUUUUGUGCCGGAGGCUCCCACUUACAAUGCUGUUGUUGGGGCUUAUUGCUGGUCUUUGCGGAUGGAUGAUGCGUAUAGGAUGGUUGGUGAGAUGAAGAAAUGUGGGAUAGGUCCGAAUUCUCGAACGUUUGAUAUUGUACUUCAUCAUCUUAUAAAGGGUCGUAGGAUUGAAGAAGCUAGCUCGGUUUUCCGGAGAAUGAAUGGUGGUGAGUUUGGGUGUGAGCCAAGCGUGAGCACGUAUGAGAUCAUGGUGAGGAUGUUUUGUAAUGAAGAGCUGUUGGAUAUGGCGGUGGCGGUUUGGGAUGAGAUGAAAGGGAAGGGAAUUCUUCCAGGAAUGCAUAUGUUCUCCACGUUGGUCUGUGCCUUGUGCCAUGAAAGUAAGUUGGAUGAAGCGUGUAAGUACUUUCAAGAAAUGUUGGAUGUGGGCAUUCGACCUCCUGCCAAAAUGUUUAGUACCUUGAAGGAAGCUCUGGUUGAUGCUGGGAUGGAGCAUGUUGCCAUGCAUUUCACUUUGAAAAUUGAUAAACUCAGGAAAUCUCCAUUAGUUGCUUGACAAAAAGGAGUUGAUGGUGUGAAAUUCUCAUGUGAUCGUGCAAAAUUUGUGUCUGCCUCUAUCUUGGUAAACGUUCAAAGGAGAGGAGAUGGAUAUGAAGUUCUUACACGGCAAAGUAUGUGUGUCUAUUACAGACAUUCAUAUAUGAUAUGGGGUUCUGCUUAUUUAACCUCUUAAGGAAUUUUGCAUCACAUUGUCAUGUGAAAAUUUCACGUGAGCAUCAUAUCUAUUCCCGUGAUAUAUCCCAAGGGUAAUUCAUAUGGGAUACCCAUGGCUAUGGGCUAUGGCUAUGAUCAACAGAGCCGCCUGCAAAAUUUAUCUAAAUGAUUUGUUGACUCUUUAUUAGGAGGCCUAUAAAUAGCUUAUGUGAUGAAAUGCGUUGUUGCUUUCUCUACAUUAGGCCUACAAUCUUAACCUUCUUUAUCUUUGGCUCUAGUGGCCCCUCAAGUGGCAUCCAUCAUGAGUUUCUUUCUCUUCAAUUCUGUCCAGCCAUAUUUCCUUAAAUCUUUAAAUUGUAUCAUCAAACCAUCAAUUGCUUUUUAAUAAGCAGAUCAAGUGUCUAUUAUGUCUGUC